CGCCUUCCUUCCCCUCCCAAACUGUUACAUCCCGCGAGCUGCCGGCCGGGCUGAGAGGGGUAGUAGUAGUAGCUCGGCAGCUCUAGCUGAUCUCGUGCGGUUUCCUUAUUCUCGCAAGGGCCGGCGGCGGCGGGCUCCGUCGCGUGUGGGAGUCUGGGAAGGGAAGGGGAGGGAGGGAGCGAGAUGGGGAGGGGCCGGAGCGAGAUAAAGCGGAUCGAGAACCCGACGCAGCGGCAGUCCACCUUCUACAAGCGCAGGGACGGCCUGUUCAAGAAGGCCAGGGAGCUCUCCGUCCUCUGCGACGUCGAUCUGCUCCUCCUCCUCUUCUCCACCUCCGGCAAGCUCUACCACUACCUCUCGCCCACCGUCCCAUCCGUUAAGGAUCUGGUCGAGAGAUACGAGGCUGCGACUCACACCAAGGUCUGGACGGACAUCCGCCAGGAGCGGCGCGCGGAGCUGGAGAAGGCGGAGCAGAUGUGCGAGCUCAUGGAGAAGGAGCUGCGGUUCAUGACGGUGGACGACGGGGAGCAGUACACGGUGCCGUCGCUGGAGCUGCUGGAGCACAACCUGGAGGCCGCCAUGCACAAGGUGCGCUCCGAGAAGGACCGCAAGAUCGGGGGAGAGAUCACCUACCUCGAGAACAUUAUCAGAGGUAGGCAAGAGGAGCGCUAUGGAUUGUGCGACAAGCUUGCUCAUUCUCAGGCCCUGAACAACGACGAGGAAGCAGGGUCGACCUCGUUGAGCAACGGCCUGGAACUCAAACUCGGAUUCAACUAGCAACGGAUGGAAGCUCGAGGAUGGAUGAUUGGGAAGACUAUGCUCUGUUCCUAGUACUGUUUUGAGUUCCAGAGUCCUGUCAUGUCAGGUUAACAGAUUCUGCUGUCUUUCGAGGCCGUGAGAACACUAAUAUCAGAGCUGUAGGUAGGCUGUUUCAAUAUAGCCGAAUUCUUCUGUAGUGGCCCUAGAUCUUAUCUCAGCGUGUUAUCAUGUAUUAGUCAGACUAUGGGAGAAAUUAUCUUCACUCCUAAGCUGCUAUUCCUCUGGUUAUCUAUACCCUUGCUAUCGGCGAAGAACAAACAUCAUCAAAGGAGAACACAAAAGAUCCAACUUCACAGGAAAUCUAGGAAUAAGACUUUCCACCCUCGUUUUCGAUUACUCCAAACAACACCAGAUUAAACUCUAAAGGCUGAAUCCAACGAAAAAGAUCGUAGACGGCGCUAGGAGCUCAGCAAGAACGUAGCAAUAGAGAUUGAUAAUCACAUCUCGAAGAUCAUACUCGAAUGAUAUCAUCACUGCUCCAAAGAUUAAACAAAAGAUGCAAGAAAGAAGGCAAAUCACAACGAGAAAGCAACUAGAACAAAGCAGGCUAACAAAAACGAAGACGAAAUCGAGAGCCAGAGGAGAAUAGGGUA